AGAACCGAGUCCGGCGACGGCAUAUUGCGAUGAACCUCUUACACCUAAACACCUAAAUUGAUUUUCACCUUCACUUCUACCCUGGCACCAGUAGCACAGAAGGAACUGGAACCUAGCACGGGCCGACGUCAUUCGUUUGGAAAUAUCAAAGUAUUAUCUUGAUUCUUAGAACGAUUAUGUCUAUCUUCCAUCUAUUUUACUAUCUUACUAUCCCAUGUGAAGUCAUUCUUUUUUGGAACCCAUCAAGUCAAUGGUUGGCUGCCCUCAUUCUCCUGAUUCGAUUCAUCGUCUUCGGCCUUCUCCUUCGCACGUAUAUCGUACCUUGGCUCUUCCUACGCUUUUCUCGUCACAUUCGCAUCCGGAGUGUUAGUUUGCGCUCCAUUCGUGGGCUGUAUGUUAGCCAUGGGAAUGGAACAUGGGGGGUCGAGCGUUUGAGCUACUCGUGGUCUCGUGUAGAUGGCGCGAGGCAUCUGACCAUCAAAGUGGAGGGUUUAACGGGAGAGAUCUCCAGAUUCGACCUGGAGCCCAGCAUCUCUGAUGGUCACAAGAGAUCUAUGACUGCUGUGGUAACUUCUGCUGCCUCUCAAAAUAUCUGGCGAAUAACGUCGGGGAUUGUUUCCGCUCUGGAUCCAAUAUUUCGUCCUCCCAUUCGGGGUGUGGCUACGUAUAUUCUCCGAUGGGUUAUAUUUUGGGCCCCAGGUAUUACGUCGGCGGUGUUCUUCGAUAUAUAUCCCGCCACGUUCAAAUUUACUGGUUCUCUGGAAUGCGAAGUAACGAUUGAGAAGGUUCAUCUACAUACUUUACUUGACUUCCGUCAAGGUCAGGACUUGGACGAUAACGGGACAGAAAAGAAAGCUCCUCCACUCCGUUCCAAGAAAUCGUUCAGUAUGACUGCCUGGAAAUCGCGUCUUACACGCAGUUUCGAGCGCACAUGGGAUAGAGCAAUCGAAACGAGGGAAGGUGUGGCUAGCUUCGCGGUGGAACUUGAUAAUAUCAAGGGUUAUCUCCCCUCAGACUCGACAUUCUUUCGUAUACCUGGUGCUGUCACACUACACUCGACCACGACAUUCGAUCCAAAACGGAGAAGGUUGCAUACACACGCUCUGCAGACGAAUAUCAAUUUUGAGGGCUGCUUUGUGGAUGUGGAUGUUUUACAUACCCUGUUGCAAAAAUACAAAGCCUCAAGGCCCCCCGCUCCUUCUCCAAAAGAAGAUAUUCCUCUAUUGAGCCCCACUCUUUCCUUUGUGUCUCGAGGGACCACUUUUCUACGGUCGCCUCUAUCCGCCGACUCUGCUUUCUCAUCAAUUUAUAGUCCAUCGUCCCCCAUCCUCGAAUCUAUCACUGCCUCAAUCUUACCUCGACGACACGGUUACCGCCCUUGCAUGAAAUUAAGAGAUACCAGAAACCAAGCGUUGAUAUCAUUUCUGGACUCAAUACAACUUCACAUAAGUUUUGUAUCGUUGUCUACCUCACCAAACGCCAAUCUGGACUCGUACCGGCUUAUCGUUGAGGACAUAAACGUCAAUGUCGGGCUCAGCAACUUCGACCGGAAUUUACUGCAUCGUAAAUUGGCUGGAAGAAACGACCCCAAGGAAGCUUUUGACUCUGAUAUCUAUUCGUUGGAUGUGAAUGUCAAUGGGAUUCAGCUUACACGGACCUCGGGUAGGGAUAAGCUCCGUUUAGUCAACGUAGGCCCUCUAGGUUUGAACAUUGUUACAACCCAAUGGCCCUCUCCUCUUCUCGUCACAUCACCCUUCCUAGGCGGUGAUCCUAAUGCUCCCACCGUUUUGUUCAAGUUAGGCGUGGACUCAGUGAGUGUAACCGACCGUUUGGAUUCUUUACUAGAACUUGUCGAACAAAUCCCUCAUAACGAAAAAUCGAUUCCACCUGCUCAACCUUCAUUCUCUCUCAUUCCAGUUCCUCGAAUAGAAAUAGAAGUCAGUUGCGGACCUAUUCAAACUCAACUACUCGUUGGCUCACCAGAAAGCCCGCACACCAUAGAAAUGCGAACGGACGGUUUCCUCUUGUUGAUCAACUCACAUUUUGACAAUCGAUACCCACUCGUCGCUAGUACUCUGGCUGAAUUCGACAAGCUCCUUUUACGAAUGGUCUUCGAACUAUCGUUCAUUUGGAAGCCAACCUUCAUUCGAAUCCGUUCCCGGCAAUCCAAACGAGCCAGUGUUGUCUCCGAUUUUGCGGAAGAUCCUGCUCUCGUAUCUCUUGAUGCGAUUGAGGCUGUCGGCAAGGGUGACAUUUUAGCUGAAAUUAGAGAUGACACUCAAAAUACACCAAGCAUCGACUUGUCAACAUUGGUCUCUGAUAUCAGUUUUUCGUCAGACGCUUUAUGCCUAGAACUCUGGCAUCCAGAGGUACUUGAUGCCCUAGUUGAACUCUUAGAAGUCCUUCCUUCUGCUGUGAAGGAGGGCAAUUCACACAAGUCUCUCCAAGCGAGAUUACCACUAGGUUGCAGUGCUACGGUUUCAUUGAGCCGAUUUGUCAUUUUUGUUACAGCUUCUGAACUAAAUCCCAAUGAUAACCUGGAGUUGUCUCGUGGUUUCGCUUUACGUGUAACUGGCAUGUCGGCACAAUAUUGUGCUCUACACUACACUCAUCUGCAGCGGUACAAGGAACCAAUAAAUCUGUCAUCAUCAAGAAUCAAACUAUUCUUGCCCAAGGAGCGUAGUGUUGCUGCCUGGGAAGAGGCAAAAAGAAGUGCAUCGAUUUCUACUUUCAUGAGUCUUUCCUUCCUGCGGCUCUCAUUACGGAGUGCCAUCUCCACCCAAUAUUCCACUGAUGAUCCCUUCAUCGCUGAACGUGACAACCCCGCUUUCGAGAACAGAGAUUGUCUACAAAUGCAUGGCUUUUUGACCGACGCCCGUCUCCAUGGUCAAGGCGGAAAAGAGGUUUUAGACAUCAUGAUGAGAGUUCCAUACGUGCAAGCAAUGGUCCAGGUUGCGGAUGUCUAUAGCGUUAUGCUUGCAGCUCGGACACUGAAGACACUAUCUACAACUCGCCCUCGAGCCAGCGCUAGUGAGAAUACUCGCCAUGUGAGUGGGAGUAUAUUACUGUCUCUCCAAGUCACCGCUACAGUUGAUAAUCUACAAGCACAUUUUGUCCUUCGCAAUUCGAAGAUCUUUUGUCGCCUCGAUUCUCUAUCUACACAUCUCAUUUCUGAUGGUCCACUGACGGUGGGAUGGGACAAACUUGUAUUAUGGACACGCGUUCCUGCAGCUGUAAAUCGUUGGCAACAGAGAAUAGGGCAGAAGUGGGAGGAGUUUUUGACUCUGCAAAAGUGGAAUGUUUGUCUCAAGCAACAACCUGCUGUCGGCAACUCAGUUUCGGUAGAGGGGGUUGCUGCACGUGUCCGCAUCCCUUUCGGUUUCAUCUUGGCUGAUCUGGUCCUUGACGUCAGCGUAGUGAUAAAAGCGCUACGGCAUCUUCACCUGAUAACAACAUCGAAUCUCUUUUCACCUUUUCCUAAACCUGAAGCCGAGGCGCCGAAAGCAGUUCCAAAUCUAUCUGUACAAGUGGGGUAUUUGUCUCUUGAAGCUGCAGAUGAUCCCCUGGAGACCAAACUCGGUCGUAUCUUCAAAGUAGGUCUCGAUGCUGUGAAGAAUCGUAUGGAUCGCGAGGAUGCGUUCGCUGUCAAGGUGAACAACAUUUUAGCCACACAAGGUGCUCAGACUCCUGAAAGGGAUGCGGACUGGGAAUUCUCAACCCACCAUUCUGUUUCUAUUCAAGACGCCCGAGAUAGACUUGACCAAGUCCAUGUUCUUGACUGGGUCAUGCGGCUCGAGCGACUCAAGAACGAGCAGAAAGAGGUCCAAGCAGAAUUAUUCCGACAGUUACAUCCUUCUCCCACUAGCAGAGGCGUUAAUAUCCCAACCAUCAUUCCGUGUACUCCAGUAAAAGAGGAUCCACCGCUGAUUAGAACCACAAUCACCAAUCUCUCAAUGAUCAUUUCCAGACCGACAUUUCCUCUGGAAUGCACUCCUGAUUUCUUGUUCGAGCAAGGCCAACUCCCUAAAGAUACACAAUAUAGUCUUCUGAUUCCACUACAUCUACAUUACUCUCUCUCCUCGUUCCAGGUCACCUUGCGAGAUUAUCCGUUGGCAAUGGUGGACAUACCUGCACACCCUGACCCUACUUUGGCCGCUCUAGAGUUUGACACUGAUCUAGUGAUCGCCGAAGAGAUGGGGACUGACCUCUCCAUCGACUGGGUAGAAUGUCCCAUCAUACUGCCAGAAACCGAGUAUCUCGAUGUAGAACCUUUCUACCUCAUGGUUCCUAAAACCAUCAUGCCUGUGAAGACAUAUGCUAACCCUGAAGUCAAGGUUACCACUGCCAAUCCAACCACGUUUUGCUGGGGCGUAAGUUAUGGUCCAGCUACACAAGAUCUCAUGAGGAUCGUCGAUACUCUGUCGAGCUCGCCGCGUGACCCUUCCCCUCCUUUGGGCUUCUGGGAUAAGUUGAGACUCGUUUUCCACUGGAGCGUUCGCGCCUCCUUCAGGGGCGACAUUCGACUACACAUGAAAGGUCUUCGUGAUCCUUACGAGAUCAUCGAUGUUGGCGCAGGGUUCUUGUACUCCUGGCAAGGUCAUACAAAGCUGCUCAUCGGCCGCAAGAAUGACGACGGAGAACUCAUUCAAGUCAUCAGUGACUCGAUGGUUAUUGCGAUCCCGAACUUGGAAAAACUUCCGAGGAAAUAUCCGUCUUCUGUCAGGAAAAUCUGCGCUAAGUUUCUAUCUGGAGUUAAAUUUGGUCUCGGCUUUGCCCUUGAGCGAAGUUGUGGAACAAACUGCCAUAGCUGCACCGGUUCACCUUUUCAUCGCCAGUGCCGCUUCUUUGACUUCAUGCCACACUACUUGGUGAGGUUAGAGAAAAAGCCGGGCACUCCCGAUUUAAAUGGCCCCGCGGACUCUUAUUCCGAAUUCCGGUCGGAUUUCAUCCAUCUUUCAAUAUCUUUGACGGCAUCUACACGAAGUCUGAAGCCCGGAACAGAAACUGAAUUUAGCAGUCUGCAUUUGACUCCCAAGACUUUCACCCACUUCUGGUCAUGGUGGACUCUUUUCGAUGGUGUUUUAUCCCUUCCAAUAAGGCAUGGUUCGUACUUUCCCCGUCGAAUAAUCUCGCCCAAAAUUGGGCGUCAUCUGGCUACACUCAAAUACCGUUUGCUUGUUCCAAAAUUGUUUGUCAUGCACGGCUACGUCGACGAUUCCCGAGAAACUUGGAUUGACGGGGUAACCCCCUGGGUUGGCGUUAAAGCAAUGAUUGAAGAUUUCCAAGUAGACAUGCACCAAAGGGACCAGGAGAUGACCACCACUGAAACUUUGUCUUCCUCAUCGAAAGUCAAUCGUCGGAAAGCUUUCUAUGCAGCUGAGGUGGUCAUGAAAAAUCUCGAUCUGCGCUCUUUGGUUGCUAUCUUUAAAGAACCGUUGAAACAAUCAGUAGGAGUUUCAGUACCUUCUCAAAGAAGCAGUUACCGUUCUCGCGAAGACUUGCCGUCCAUUGAGCUGACAUCUCUAUGGCAUAAUGUCGAUGAUUUUGUUGAGACAGACUGGUCAACGUCUAUCGAACCAAACCUUCAUAUACUUCCUGUAGCAUCGUGUCCCCGAAUCAGCUAUUUCAAGAAAAACACUGCGUUAGUGGACAACCCACUGGAGCGUAGUAAGUUCGGGAAUGAACACACCCAUCAAUGUUUACUAGGCAAGGAGCCUUCUGUCCCUCAUAUUCAAAUGACUUUGGCUUCUGAACGAAUAGACCAGUUGAACACAAUCUCAGCCGCAGAUCGUAAUUUCAGUUCUGAGUCAACUGCCCAGAAGAUGAUACCGUUACUUCAAAGAUACGUCAACCAUCUGCUCGACACUGAAGAUGGACAAACGCAAGAUGCCACUCCAUACAAUUACUCGAUGCCUGCGGAUUCAGUCUCUGCUGAUGAAUGGGCCGAAUUUGACAAUGUAUUUCAGAUACAUUGUCCUAAACUGUUUGUCGACAGCGCCGUUCGUGAUAUAAUGAUGCAGUACUACCACUGUUCGCGCGAUCGUAGAGGAUUUGAAUAUCACAUGGCAACUCGAGCGGUCAAGUUUAUAAGAGAUCAAGCUGAAGCUAUACUUGCAACUGAAGCUACCAUUGACUCAGACGAACAGAAGACUCAAAAUCCUGCUCAUGUAGCUGCUUCUGCUAUACGUAAAAUCGUGGGAGACGCCUUCAAGUCCGGCUCAGAUAAUUCAAAGGUCCAUGUUACGAAGGCUGAAACCUCCGCCCAUUUCAAUCCCAUGGAUGGAUGGUCGGAAAGUGUUUCUCUUCGUAAGAGCCAUUGUUGUUUACUCUUGAAGCCGCAAAUCGUAUUGCGUAAUCGAGGUGAAGUGGAUGAAACAUGCGUUGUUGCGGCGUUACAGGCCAAACUACAAUCGUUCGCGAUCAUGGACGACGCAAAUGCAGAUGAUCCGGUAACUGGCAAAAUAAUGACAAGGACGUAUGCCGUCUUGUCUGGAAUGCAAACAUUUGCACCCACGUCCACAGUGGACUCAGGUGACGGUUGUGUCCCUUUGGAAGUACUUAUAGAUCUCCGUUGCGAAAGUGAUGCAUUUGAGCGGUUAGUCCCCCAAACGGACGCGUCUCUCCAAUAUGAUAAGUUCAACCGCCUACGGCUCCAUAAUAAUGUCACCUCUGCGGUAGCCAGAAAAUCGUCCGAGUCCACGGGCUCACUUGAAGUUGCGAAUCACCUGCACGAUGAGACGGAUCUAAUUCAAGUACAAAUUCCGCGCUUUACUGUGACUGCUAGUGACCAUCACUUUGAAACCAUCUCCAACAUCAUAACCCGACUGCUUCUUUAUUCCGAUGCAGCCCACAAGACUCGCCUGGAUCAUCUGGAAACUGUCCUAUUCCAAUACGAUUUCAAUGAUUUGACAUCCUCCGCCGGAGUGAUUUUAGACUUGCAGAGUCAAAUGAGGAAAGCGCUGGAUAUAGAGUACCUCGCGAAAAAAAACCAUCGACCCGGAGACGAAGAAGCUGAGUUCGAAUUAAUCCGGCUUCGCGCGCAUAUGUUCCUUCUUUCGGAAAGGCUGAACUUCCUGUUCGAGGCCAUCAAGUUGGCACAGAGCAGACGCGACAGGCGCGAUGAACAAUCUGAUCGAAAAUCAGCAACAUUACUUCAUGCUUCUUCUUCCGAAAUUUCUUGGCGGAUGGUUGAUGAAAACAGAGAUUUGUUGGCAAAGCUGGCUGUCCAGAACAUUGAUUUUUACUGGCUCAGACGGCAGGACAGUUCGACCGUGAAUCAUCUGACUGUUGGAGACCUUCAAGCGUUUGAUGGAUCGAGAGAUGCUACAUGGGCCGAAAUCCUUUCUAAACACGACGAGCCUGCCUACCACCCACUGCUUAAGCGGGGGUUAUUUGUCCUGUCGAAUUGGUCGGUGCUGCCUCCUGUGGGCGGAAUCACUAUCUAUGAAAGCUUCGAGAUCGCACUGCAUCCUUUGCGGCUUCAGAUUGAUGCCAAAGUUGGUCGGCGGAUCAUGGAAUACGUUUAUCCCGCACGAAAACAUCGCCGCAAAUCCAUCGAAGAUGUCCUACAGCCAGAAACUGUCAUGGAUACUGCUAUACAAUCGACUUCGUUUGGUCUACCGGAUAGUCCUCGUCCACAUUCUGCCUUUUCGCGAGAUCCUUUCGACCCUGAUUCGUUUAGUUUGGCCCCUCCCUUGCGCAAGCUCGGUGCAUCCCGUUCGUUCACGGAUUUACGCUCCACUGCAGUUGAAGACUCUACACAAGUGAUGUUGAGGCAGACUUUACAAAGAACUCGAUCUUCAGAGAACUUGAAGCGUAAUCAGACCUUGGUGGAUGGUUUUGAGCGGGAGCCCAAACGACAAAGAACUAUCAGCCAUGCAAAUCAGAAUGGAGAUGCAGCCGAAAUGAAAACACGUUCUUCUCGAAAGACAUUUGUAUAUGUCAAGAUAUCAAGUCUCCAUCUCCUUUUGAGUGUCAUGAAGGAGGAUGCUUUUGUGUGUCGAGACGCCCGAAUUCGUACCCGGGAUUUAGAGUUUCGAAAUCAAACGCUCAGUUUUGAAGAGCUUGUUAACCAGUUCAUCCCUUCUGAUAUGAGCUGGAAGGGCUGGGUCAAGAUGGCUUUCCAGCAGCCUCUUGUCCCUGUCCUGCCUGUUGCUCGAGAGCUCAUAUCGAAAACAAAAUGGAUUGCCUCAAAAAGUACGGCCGCUGUCAUUGAACAUACUUCUCCGCCAAAAUCGACUCAGCACAAAGCCAUCGCUAACGUUUCUCAUGCCAAUAACGGUACCGAAGAAGAGAAGGGACACGAAACCCUUCCCUCGUUACCCUCUUUCCUCGAUGCUCCACCGCCGCCACCACCUCGUCACUGGAAGAAAACUUCGCAUAGGAAAGUAGAGGCUGCAACAAUACUUGGCGCUGGCCCUCUUACUGUCGAUCCAGAGCCCAUCGACGAUGAAGAGUUUGGUGCAGCAAAUGUGUCAAGGCCCCCUGGUCGCAAGAGGGUGCUUUCUCUUUUUAGCCGUUCUUCCUCCAAGUCGGGAAAAAUUGAAACCUCUAUCAAUGGGUCUGGCUCUCGACAUCGGCAAUCUACUGACCGAUAAGAUAAUAUUAUGUAACGUAUGCGUCAUGCAGAUAGGGCCUUCGGCUAUAUUGUCUCCUAA